AUGACAGGCAGGCAGGUGCAGGUGGUGGCAGGGAGGAGUGCCAUGGUGGAGGGAGGAGUGCCAUGGUGGAGGGAGGAGUGCCAUGGUGGAGGGAGGAGUGCCAUGGUGGAGGGAGGAGUGCCAUGGUGGAGGGAGGAGUGCCAUGGUGGAGGGAGGAGUGCCAUGGUGGAGGGAGGAGUGCCAUGGUGGAGGGAGGAGUGCCAUGGUGGAGGGAGGAGUGCCAUGGUGGAGGGAGGAGUGCCAUGGUGGAGGGAGGAGUGCCAUGGUGGAGGGAGGAGUGCCAUGGUGGAGGGAGGAGUGCCAUGGUGGAGGGAGGAGUGCCAUGGUGGAGGGAGGAGUGCCAUGGUGGAGGGAGGAGUGCCAUGGUGGAGGGAGGAGUGCCAUGGUGGAGGGAGGAGUGCCAUGGUGGAGGGAGGAGUGCCAUGGUGGAGGGAGGAGUGCCAUGGUGGAGGGAGGAGUGCCAUGGUGGAGGGAGGAGUGCCAUGGUGGAGGGAGGAGUGCCAUGGUGGAGGGAGGAGUGCCAUGGUGGAGGGAGGAGUGCCAUGGUGGAGGGAGGAGUGCCAUGGUGGAGGGAGGAGUGCCAUGGUGGAGGGAGGAGUGCCAUGGUGGAGGGAGGAGUGCCAUGGUGGAGGGAGGAGUGCCAUGGUGGAGGGAGGAGUGCCAUGGUGGAGGGAGGAGUGCCAUGGUGGAGGGAGGAGUGCCAUGGUGGAGGGAGGAGUGCCACGGUGGAGGGAGGUGAGGGGCUUACAGCGCCUUGAGGGAGGUGAGGGGCUUGAGCGGCGCAGCAAAGAGGUCAAGGCGGCCCUGGAAGAGGUUGUAGCCGAGGUCCCUGCGGUGGGGAGAGGGGGAGGGCGAGAUGCACAGUAUGUGAGGGUGGUGAGGUGUGCUUACAGGUAUGUGAGGGUGGUGAGGUGUGCUUACAGGUAUGUGAGGGUGGUGAGGUGUGCUUACAGGAAUGUGAGGGUGGUGAGGUGUGCUUACAGGAAUGUGAGGGUGGUGAGGUGUGCUUACAGGAAUGUGAGGGUGGUGAGGUGUGCUUACAGGAAUGUGAGGGUGGUGAGGUGUGCUUACAGGAAUGUGAGGGUGGUGAGGUGUGCUUACAGGUAUGUGAGGGUGGUGAGGUGUGCUUACAGGUAUGUGAGGGUGGUGAGGUGUGCUUACAGGUAUGUGAGGGUGGUGAGGUGUGCUUACAGGAAUGUGAGGGUGGUGAGGUGUGCUUACAGGAAUGUGAGGGUGGUGAGGUGUGCUUACAGGAAUGUGAGGGUGGUGAGGUAUGCUUACAGGAAUGUGAGGGUGGUGAGGUGUGCUUACAGGAAUGUGAGGGUGGUGAGGUGUGCUUACAGGAAUGUGAGGGUGGUGAGGUGUGCUUACAGGAAUGUGAGGGUGGUGAGGUGUGCUUACAGGAAUGUGAGGGUGGUGAGGUGUGCUUACAGGAAUGUGAGGGUGGUGAGGUGUGCUUACAGGAAUGUGAGGGUGGUGAGGUGUGCUUACAGGAAUGUGAGGGUGGUGAGGUGUGCUUACAGGAAUGUGAGGGUGGUGAGGUGUGCUUACAGGAAUGUGAGGGUGGUGAGGUGUGCUUACAGGAAUGUGAGGGUGGUGAGGUGUGCUUACAGGAAUGUGAGGGUGGUGAGGUGUGCUUACAGGAAUGUGAGGGUGGUGAGGUGUGCUUACAGGAAUGUGAGGGUGGUGAGCGUGGGCGAGCCCAUGAGAUUGGGCGUGCCCUGUGCUGCCGCGGCGGCGGAGUCGGGCAAGCACGUGCCAGUGCCGCCGCAGAAGGGCGGCACGGCGUUGGUGGAGCCGCAGAUGGCGCAGUCUGCUGCGGGGCACUGUGUGGUGCCGCCCAUGCCGCACACCGAGGGCGUGGCGAAGCAGUUGGUGUGGCCGUCGCACCACUGCAGCGUCAUGGAGCCCAUAGCGUGGAAGAAGUUGCCGCGCAGGUCCAGGGUUCUCAUCGUGGGGGACGCCGGGACGCUGCCCGUGAGGUAG